GUCGAGAGUCCCAGAACACCCGCGCGCAGCGGGAAGCGCCUCGCCGCGAGCCUGGUCCCUUAGUCGUCUAUUCCAUCCCCGCUGCCCCCCCAAAGUGCGUGGUUGCGCCCGCCGCGUCCAGGGCAAGAGCGGGGGAAAGAGGAAGGGGGCUGCCGCGCCGCUGUUUGGCCAGGGGAGAUGUUUGUGAGGCGAGGAGGCGGCUAAGUCAUCCUUCGGCUCGGGGUGUGCGAGCCGGAGGGCGGAAACUUGGGAAGAACUAAGCGGGGCGGGGAGCGGGGGGUUGAGGAGUCUUGCGUCAGUGAAGGAGUGAAGUGGAGAAGCGAAGCUGAAGCGAGAAGCGGAGUUCGCGGCGGAGCCCAAAGAGGAGCGACGUAACAAGGAGAUAAAUAGGCUAGGAAGGGGGAAAGGGGUCUCGGGAGAGAGAAGAAGUCUUCAGGACGGAGGCUGAGCUGCGAGACGUCUCUCCUCGCGCCCGGCGAGCCGGUGGCGCGCCAGCUGUGGCGGGCAGCAUGGAGCUGCUCCCGAAGCCCCUCAGGUGGACUGUGCCGCUGCUUCUCCUGUCUCUGUCCGGCUGCCUCGGCCAGACCGCGCCGCACUUGCGCCCCAGUCGGCCGGGCGUCAGGAACAAGAACUGGUGUGCCUACAUCGUGAACAAGAAUGUGACCUGCUCAGUGCUGGAUGGCACAGAGAGUUUUGUUCAAGUUCAGUACUCCUGUGCCUGGAACCAGAUCCCCUGCCCACAUGCUCCUGUGUAUCGUACAAGUUUCAGACCUAAAUAUAAAAUAACAUAUAAGACAGUAACAGAAUUGGAAUGGAGAUGUUGCCCUGGAUACAUGGGUAUAGAUUGCAAAGAAGGCACACCCCAAAAGCCAAGGUCUGCUGUUUACCCAGCACAGCUACCAGCAGAUGACAUGAAGCCAAGCUUGGACACUAAUCCAAAGCAAGAACAACAGGACUCGCAGGAUAAAAGAAUUCAGCUCCUUGAGGAUGAAGUAUUCCGCCUUACACAGACUGUGCUAGAGCUUCAGUCCUCCUUAACAGGUGUGAAUGAAAACCUAAAGCUUUCUGUUCAAGAAGAUGCAAGUCGGAUGCUUGUAUCAUGGUUGAACAACCUUCAUGACCGUCCAGAGCCUGACAGUACGGCUGAGGGUGAUACAAAGAAAAUUCAUGUGUUUGAAAGUAAAGACCAAAAGGAACCUGGAAUAGAAAAUAUAAAAUCUGAACCAACAGAAGAUGGAUUGAAGGACAAAGAUGACAAGGUGGAAGAAGUGAAAGCAAAUGGCUAUGAAGCACAAUUAAAACAGCUCCAAGAAGCCGCCCAAGGCCCAACCGUAAUGAUGCCGAGUAGCCAGUUGUAUCAGCAGUACAUUGAUGCUAGGUUUGAAGAUCUGAGACAGGAGAUUUUGGAAGGAUUUGAGAAGAAAAUGGCAGAUCUGAAAAAUUCCUGUGAGUACAAACUGAUGGAUAUUCAACAACAUUGUGAUGAUCAUGAAGCCAGCUGCCAAGGAAUAAGGGAUCUUAUUGGAGAGAAAGAAAAUGACCUCAGAAAGGAGAUAAAACAUCUUCAGACUCUUAUCCAAGCUCCAUCAAACCACUCAGUUUGUUGCAGUAAUGCUGAAACUGAUGCUUUUGGACAGCAGCUAAAACAUUUGGGUGAGAAGAUUGACAGAACUGCAGAAGCAAAUAGGAUUUUAAAUGCCAGAAUAGAUAAUGAAAUGAAAUACAUAGCCACUCCAUAUCUGGAAGGCAACUUUGAUGCAAGAUGGGAGGAAGUGGAAGCCAGGAUCAAUGUUACAGAGAGAAAUGCUGAACAACACUGCUUUUACAUUGAAGAAACUCUUCGUGGCGUUAUAGCUACUGAAGUAGAUGAAGCGAGAGACAUAUUUGACAAAAAGCUUCAGGCACUGGAAAACCGUCUGAGUGCUACUUUUCUAGAUGUUACUAAUAUCACAAAUCCAGAUGAGAGAAAUGUUGAUCUAUUAUCAAUUUUGCAUAGCAAUUCAGGGUCUGGAAAUGAAAAGUUUGUCUCUGAGAUAAAUAUUGUGAAGAACAAACUGCAAGAUAUUGAAAACCUUUGCAGGCAGAAAUGCCAGCCGGUAUCACACAAUGUGGAGGGCCUCCAGAGAGACAUAGAAAACUGCAACAGUAAAUAUGAUGUAUUGUUUUUGAAAUCAGAGGGUAAUUCUGGUCUUUUAAAAUCCUUAAAUGGCUCUUUAAGCGAGAAAUUUAAUUUAAUUAAAGGCAGCCAACGUGACAUUCAGAAGCUUCAAAAGGAUUUACGAAUUAUUCGUUAUGGUCUGAAUGCUAUUGAUAAAAAUGUUAAGAAACUUCAGGGUGGUUUGAGCAGCUGCAAUGAACAACUUCUAGGUAUCAAUUCUACUUGUGAAAAGGUACAACUUGAUGCUUUCAGAAAGGUAGAUGAAAUACAGAAAACAGUGGGCAAUCAAACUCACACAGACAGUAAUUGUUGUAAUGACUUAAAGGAUAGGAUGGAACAGCUAAGCACGAAGCUAUAUUAUAACCUGAACAAAUGCCAAGAGAAAUUGCCUGGUGUCUCUGAUAUGGAGGGUAGAGUGUCCAGUGUUGAAAAAACCUGCAGCAAACUAGAUCAAGUGUCUAGCAGCCUCCAAAGGAUAAGGGAGGGAUUAAACAAACAUGUCUCCAGUCUUUGGAACUGUGUCAAUAAGAUGAACAGAACUAUAAUUUCCCAUUCUAAAGAUAUUUCUGGACUCAAGAAUUCAUCCCAGCAGUUCCACAGCCAGUUCCACAAAUUCACCAUUGACCUCCAGAAUCUGAUGAAAACUAAACCUGCUACAUCUGAAAAUCCAGCAGUGUUACUACCAAGGAAACCCCAAGGAAAGAUUCCCCUGCCACCACCAGAUCCAAGAAAACCAUUACAGCCAUCUCAGUCAGGAACACAUCCAGCACCAUCACAGCCAAGGACACCACUACAGCCACAACCAGGGGAACAUGUGCAGCCAUCACAGCCAAGAAUACACCUACAGAUUCCAGAAAUAAGAAUACCUUUGAAGCCAUCAGAUCCACAAAUAAUCGUACAACCACCAUUGCAAGGAAUACCUCUUCAGCCACCAGAUUCCAGAACUCCUUUACGGCCAUCAUCACCAGGAUUUAAAGCAGGAUCAAAACCUUCCUUGCCUGGGUCAAGUGGGAUAUUUAUGGAAACUGGACAGGCAGGACCUCCUGGUACAGUUUUAAUGUCGGAAAAAGGACGGAAAAAAAGCAAAAAUGGCCAAAAUGGCCAGAAUAACAUGCUGGUUUCCGAAGGGUCUGCUGGAGCACCAGGUUAUCCAAAACUUCCACGGCCUCCCUCUACAACUGCACAAGGAGCAGCUGUUACUUCACCAGUGUCAUUCUCUGCUGGUCUCACUCAGAAGCCUUUCCCUAAUGGUGUGGGUGUGGUACAUUUCAACAAAGUGCUUGUAAAUGAUGGAAACCAUUAUAACCCUAAAACAGGCGUCUUUACAUCUCCCUAUGAAGGUCGUUAUCUGAUCACAGCUGUUCUAGCUCCAGAGAGAGAUGAAUACGUAGAAGCUGUGCUGUCCGUUUCCAAUGCAAGCAUUGCUCAGCUCCACACAGCUGGCUACAGGAGAGAGCUGCUCGAACACCACCGACCACGGUCAGGGAAACGAACUUGUGGUGGAACGGGGGCUUUCCAUCUUGUUCUUCACCUCAAAGCUGGAGCUGAAGUAAGCAUUGUCGUUACUGGGGGCAAGCUGGCCUACACAGACUCUGAUGAAAUAUACUCCACAUUCAGUGGGGUGUUUCUAUAUCCUUCCCUUUCUCAUGCAUAGAGGGGAGUAAUGAAUAAAUGGUGAAGCUUUAAUAUUUUAUUCCUCAUUUUUUUUCAUCACCUUCAAUACUUCUGUUUUAAGUGCAAUCUUUACAUGACUAUAUUUUCUUUCCCUCGGUUGACUUUCUUUUAGAUUAUGGACAUUUAAACAUCCUACAAAAGAACAGUAGUUACUAUGGGGGGUAUCACUGAAAUAUGUUCAAAGUAAAUUAUGCACUGUUUAUUAACUUUUGAAAUAGAGACUUUAUAAUUGCAAUCCUGAGUCAUUGAAGCUAGUUAAAUAAAUUUAAAAAUUAUCCUUGUGAAA